AAAGAAGAAGAAACCCGGAAAUGAAAUUUUGACUUCUGUUGGCGAUAGCUAAAGCUACGUCGGCGUCAUCGUCUUCUCGGGUUGGGGUUUGACAACAAAGACAACAGCCUUAUUUCGUGUCUAGCCACGAAUACCUAUUUUCACCGGGGUCUCUGGAGAGGUAUGUCCCUCCUAUGAACAACAACGGGAAUAAGAGAGCUCCAACCACAGCCACUCAGCGACUUAAGCAGGAUUACCUCAGGAUAAAGAAAGACCCCGUGCCUUACAUCUGCGCAGAACCUCUCCCCUCCAACAUCCUAGAAUGGCACUAUGUUGUUAGAGGUCCUGAAAAGACUCCAUAUGAAGGAGGAUAUUAUCACGGAAAGCUUAUAUUUCCUCGUGAAUUUCCUUUUAAACCACCAAGUAUCUACAUGAUUACGCCAAAUGGGAGAUUUAAGUGCAAUACAAGGUUAUGUUUGUCCAUCACAGACUUCCAUCCAGACACGUGGAACCCUGCGUGGUCCGUUUCCACAAUCCUUACAGGGCUCCUCAGCUUUAUGGUAGAAAAAGGACCCACUCUCGGCAGCAUCGAGACCUCAGACUACACGAAAAGACAGCUGUCGGCCCAAAGCCUGGCCUUCAACCUCAAGGAUAAAGUGUUCUGUGAAUUGUUCCCAGAUGUAGUGGAAGAGAUAAAACAGAAACAACAAGCCCAAGAAGAGUUGAGUGCCCGCUCUCAGCCUCUCCCCUUACCUGACGUGGUGCCCGAUGGGGACCCCCAACAGGCACACUAUGGCCACCCUGCCCUCAACGGCGGUCCCAUCCCACUUGGGGAUGCCAAUCCUGCCCCUGGCCUGCAACAGGCCAAUCGUAACCAUGGACUUCUAGGUGGGGCUCUGGCCAACCUGUUUGUGAUUGUAGGCUUUGCAGCGUUUGCCUACACAGUCAAGUAUGUGCUGAGGAGCAUAGCCCAGGAGUGAGCGAAGCUGAUGUUGUAGGGCGAUGCUCCCUCAUGCAGGUGAGCCAAGUAGUGGACUCCACAUUCUACAAACACACUACGUGGGGGAGGGAUGUUCAGUCCAAGGUUAAACUCCUCCACGACCACCACCACCACCAUGGACUUUGAAAGAUGAAAACUCAAAGCCGACCCACCCAGGAAACAUUGAGAGGAGGAGGUGGGGGAGUGGGCAGGAGUGGCUGGGGGAUUGGAGGGGCUUAUUAAAAUGGUUGCGAUCCACUCUGUGCUUCAGUGGUUUAUGUUGGUUGUAGGAGCAAACUUGUCACAUGGGUUGUCUACAACAUGAUGUGUGUGAACACAUCACAUCUACAGAAAUUUGAUUAUAGGUUAAAUAUAAUUUAACAUUGUUUUCCGACACACUGUAAUAGACACUAUCACAGUUUAAUAGGUAGUCAUAAAAGUAGCUCAGCAGCCUUUGGCAUUUGCGUCAUCGCGAGCUUGAUGACAUAAUCUGCUGCCACGUUUAAACAACCAAUUUCCUACAUUAGUCAUUCAAUUAUGUUUUUUUUUUGCUCAUUUGAUCUUAGUGAGGACAAAAAAUGCCCACAUUACAUAACCUUCUGGAAGUAAUUGGGGGUGGCUCUGAUAAAGUAUUGAAGGAAUUAGUCUCUUUACAUUGAACUUACUUUCUUUUGGUAUGUAUAUUACAACUUAAGUCGAGCUGUUCUCGCCAGCCAACCCAUGAGCCAAGCAAUAAACCCAGUGUCUGCACCGGAGUAAACAAAGACCAGUACAUUUUUAAAUUGGCUCAGCUGACCAGUACAGCAACGCUUUAUAUAGGUCCAAAUGAAGAGAACCAACAUUUUGCAUCUGUAUAUUAUUUUGUUUGAUUUUAUUCUCUUUAUUUAUAGAGGCAGUUUUGGCUUGUCUGUCAUACCUGUUGUGUUUGAGCAGUGCAGUGUGGGCGGGCACAGGCUGGUCGAUGCUAAGACUUCUAUUUGCUGUUAAUUGCUGUUGUGCAUUUCUAUUACUCAAGAUGGUUCUACUGUGUAUCUAAUGUUUCAGCAGAGAAAUGGUCAGAAAGCAGAAAACUCACCCUUUCAUUGAUCUUCUCUUCUUCGCACCAUCUCUAAAAAGACAAACAAAAAAGACCAACUGAUGGUGAUAGGAGUGCGUUUGUGUGGUUAUACAGCAAAUGCCCAAAUUUCUAUGCUUCAGUUAAUCUUGUGUGACAAUGUAUGUUUUUCAGUUAAUGCAAAUAAAUUACCCUGCUUGGCGGGGCAUUUUAGAAAACUUGAA